AUGGAUGCCAACGAAAUGCCCACUGCCCAGCACUUUGCCUCUGACUCUACCACAGGGGGUGAGACCAGAGUCCCCCCGGGCAUGGAGCUUAUCCCCAAGAGAGCUGUCAGCCGCUCUCCAACCUGUGCCCGCUGCCGAAACCACGGAGUCACUGCCCACCUCAAGGGCCACAAGCGCCUGUGCCUCUUUCAGGCUUGCGAGUGUCACAAAUGUGUCCUCAUCUUGGAGCGCCGAAGGGUCAUGGCUGCCCAGGUGGCCUUGCGUCGGCAACAGGAGGCACAGCUCAAGAGACAUCUGGCUCAGGGCCUGAUGAGGAGAAGGACAGCUCCUCCCAAAGCUCCUAGCCAUGUCAAGAAGGGAGCCAUUCGACCAGGGGUCCCCUCUGGAAAGGAGAACAUAGCACCCCAGCCUCAAACACCCCAUGGGACAGCCCCCCUGGCACUGACACCCCCUGGGAAGGAUAACUCCUGGGGGCCUCUGCUGCUCAGCGGUCCCCCAGAAGCCUUGCCUUUGUCUUGGACUCCAGUGCCUCCGGGCUCUUGGGCUCCUGGACACUGGCUGCCUCCAGGCCUUCCCAUGCCACCUCCAGUGGUGUGCCGCUUGCUGUGCCAAGAACCUGCUAUCCCUCUGCAUCCCUUUCCUGGCUUUGAUCCUGGCACUUCCCUCCUGCUGCCCUCUCAUGGGCCCCUCCCAACCUGCCCAGGAUCUCACCCAAUACUGACGGCUCCUAUUUCUGGAGAAUCCCAAGGGCCCUCUGCCCUGCCCCGCACAUGUUCGACUCUGAUACUCCAACCCUGUGGCACUCCAGACCCUCUUCUGCUGCAGCCACAGGCCCCUGGAGCCUCUCGUCUGGCCUGGUCCUCUGCCCCCUCAGAACGGCAGCUGCAGCGGGAGGCAGCUGAGGCUCUUGUGGGUCUGAAAGACUCUUCCCAGGCUCCCCGCCUGACCUCUUCUGUUCCCCCCAAUCCUGCGUGGAUCUCCCUGCUCCACCCCUGUGGCCCACCAGCUCCUGCUGGAGGAAGAGGAUUCCAGCCUGUUAGCCCUUCUUUCCGACCCAGCCCAGCCCCCUCGGUGGCUUUGCAUAUUGGGCGUCUGGGCUCUAUCUCCCUCCUAAGCUAG